GGCUGGUCAGCGAGAGUUGUCCGUCUCCAGUUAGACCAAUGAGACUUGAGGAGGGCCUCUGAGUCCCGCCUCUGGGCGAGUGGCCGUUCCCUUCGGAGUGAGGCCCCGCCCUGCCUCCCCGUGGCUGCUUUCCUCGCGGCUGAGGCUGGUGCGGCUGCAUCCUGGCUUCCGCAGCUACUGCGCUGGGCCCCAGGCUCCAGUCCCGCCCACGCGCCUGUGGCGGCUGCGGUGGGAUUUCUUUUUGCCUCCCAUUGGGGCUGCUGUUUCUCUUCCCCGACGAGACUCUGGAACGCCUGCGGUCUUUUCCUCAUCCAGUGACCCUCAGGUGAUGGAGUUUUCACGUCUUUCGAGAGAGGAAUGUCCCAAGCCCUCAGGUAGGAUAAGCAUCAUGGCCGCCAGCCUCACAGGAUUGCUUCUACUUCAGGCAGUGUCGUGGGCAUCAGGUGCCCGUCCCUGCAUCCCUAAAAGCUUCGGCUAUAGUUCGGUGGUCUGUGUCUGCAAUGCCACGUACUGUGACUCUGUUGACCCCCUGACCUUUCCUGCCCUGGGUACCUUCAGCCGCUAUGAGAGCACACGCAGUGGGCGUCGGAUGGAACUGAGUACGGGAACCAUCCAGGCUAAUCGCACGGGCACAGGCCUGCUGCUGACCCUGCAGCCAGAACAGAAGUUCCAGAAAAUAAAGGGAUUUGGAGGGGCCAUGACAGAUGCUGCUGCUCUCAACAUCCUUGCCCUGUCACUCCCUGCCCAGAAUUUGCUACUUAAAUCAUACUUCUCUGAAGAAGGAAUCGAAUAUAACAUCAUCCGGGUACCCAUGGCCAGCUGUGACUUCUCCAUCCGCGUCUACACCUAUGCAGACACCCCUGACGAUUUUCAGUUGUACAACUUCAGCCUUCCAGAGGAAGAUACCAGGCUCAAGAUACCCCUGAUUCACCGAGCCCUGCAGCUGUCCCAUCGUCCCAUCUCACUCUUUGCCAGCCCCUGGACAUCACCUACUUGGCUCAAGACCAAUGGAGCAGUGAAUGGGAAGGGGUCACUCAAGGGUCAGCCCGGAAGCAUCUACCACCAGACCUGGGCCAGAUACUUUGUGAAGUUUCUGGAUGCCUAUGCUGAGCACAAGUUACAGUUCUGGGCAGUGACAGCUGAAAAUGAGCCUUCUGCUGGGCUGUUCAGUGGAUACCCCUUCCAGUGCCUGGGCUUCACCCCCGAACAUCAGCGAGACUUCAUUGCCCGUGACCUAGGUCCUACCCUUGCCAACAGUACUCACCGCAAUGUCCGUCUACUUAUGCUGGAUGACCAACGCUUGCUGCUGCCCCACUGGGCGCAGGUGGUACUGACAGACCCAGAGGCAGCUCAGUAUGUUGAUGGCAUUGCUGUACAUUGGUACCUGGACUUCCUGGCUCCAGCCAAAGCCACCCUAGGGGAGACACACCGCCUGUUCCCCAACACCAUGCUCUUUGCCUCAGAGGCCUGUGUGGGCUCCAAGUUCUGGGAGCAGAGUGUGCGGCUAGGCUCUUGGGAUCGAGGGAUGCAGUACAGCCACAGCAUCAUCACGAACCUCCUGUACCACGUGGUCGGCUGGACUGACUGGAACCUCGCCCUGAACCCCGAAGGAGGACCCAACUGGGUGCGUAACUUUGUCGACAGCCCCAUCAUUGUAGACAUCACCAAGGACACGUUUUACAAACAGCCUAUGUUCUACCACCUUGGCCACUUCAGCAAGUUCAUUCCUGAGGGCUCCCAGAGAGUGGGGCUGGUUGCCAGUGAGAAGAACGACCUGGACACAGUAGCACUGAUGCAUCCUGACGGCUCUGCCGUUGUGGUCGUGCUGAACCGCUCCUCUAAGGAUGUGCCUCUUACCAUCGAGGAUCCUGCUGUGGGCUUCCUGGAGACGAUCUCACCUGGCUACUCCAUUCACACCUACGUGUGGCGUCGCCAGUGAUGGAGCAGAUACCCAAGGAGGCACUGGGCUCAGCCUGGGCAUUAAAGGGACGGAGUCAGCGCAUACACUGUCUGUGGCUAGAGGCACAGCGGGGCCAGGGUGAGCGUACAGUGACGUAAGCCCAGGAGUAGUGGUUUGGGUGACUCACUUUCCCCUCUAGGUGGUGCCAGGGGCUGGAGGCCCCUCGAACAAGAUCAGAAAGCCCAAGUGUCCCGCGAGCCCCAUGCUGAUGUCAGCAUGCACUGUGUGUUGCCUGUUGUGGAAACUGGGCCCGGGCCCAGGCCUGGGGUGAGCUCACUGUCUGUACAGGCGCAGGAUGGGGGCGAGGGUAAGGAAAAGGAGAGGCUAGGAAAGCUGGGCCCAAAACUGGGGACUGUGUGUGUUUCCUGGAGAUGCAGAACCGGGCCGUGGGGCAGCACCGUCAGCCUCAGGGCAGAAGCCCUACAGCACCAGUGGGUAGGCUCAGGACCCAGAUGGCUCCUGUGGCACCAGCCAGGAAAAAUGGCAGCCCUUAAAGGAGAAAAUGUUUGAGC